AGAGAAGAAGAUAAAUGUCACUUUACAGAAUUUGAUAAAUAAAAGAAUAUGGUUCUUUAAAGAAAAUAUUGUGAAAUUUGAUUUAUUAAUUUAGGUUAAUUGGCCACAUUCGGCGAAAUAAUGUGAUUUUGGUAGCAGAUUGAAAUUUUAUCGUUACGUGAAUGAAAAGUAUGGGAUACAAAGCAGCUGUCCAAGUUUUGAAACAAGCAGACGAUCUAAAAAUAAAGGUAUCGAGAAAAAGUGACUGGUUAAACAAUGCCGAAGCUUGGACAGAUCAACAGAAAUUACAAACUAUUUACCAUCAAGUACUUGUACUCGAUUUGGAAUACGCGCUGGACAAAAAAGUUGAGCAGGAUUUGUGGAAUAUAGGAUUCAAAAAUCACAUCUCGAGUUUACAAGAGCAAGCUAGAGAUAAAAAGAAUCCUCAUCGCUCUGACUGUCAAGCACUGCUAACAUGGGCUUUGGAAUCUGCGUCUGGUUUUUACAUUUCACUUUUACAAGAACUGUGUAACACCUUCGAUGUAGAUUUGCCUUUUAGAAGGAGAGGGAAUGUCUUUGGGCAAACCAUAACUAGUUCGGAAAUGAUAAGCUUGCCACAAACGUCUUCUUGUCUUUAUGUUUGCCAGUACUGCUUGGUACAUCUUGGGGAUAUAGCUAGAUACAGGAAUCAAAGGAAGCAAGCAGAAAGCUUCUAUAAACAAGCAAUAUUAGUAUCUCCAACUAGCGGUCAUCCCUACAAUCAAUUGGCCCUGUUAGAAGCCAGUCAGGGUAACAAAUUAUCAACUGUAUUUUAUUACAUAAGAGGUAUAGCAGUUAAGAAUCCUUUUCCUGCAUCAGCAACCAAUUUGUCUUGUACUUUAACUUCUGCAGUGGAUAAAGACAGCCCGUCGGAAAAGAUUCAAACAAAAAUGACAGUAAAUGAGUUCAUCCAACUGUUCCUAUGCACUCACGGCUAUUUUCAUACUGCCUCGGAACUCAAACAAGCCGAACUGUCGGUGAAGAGCCUAAACUCGGUAAUGACUGCACUUGUAGCAACCCAGAGUUUCACUGGGGACAUGUUAAUAAAGAUUACCACUAUCAACUUGUAUGCCUUGAGUCAUGUCGGAUCUGACUUAAAAAUUAACGAGUUGACUAAUGAUGAGAAGAAGGUUAGGGAACUGGUUUUGGAGUUGGUAGCUGGGUCUCUGUGUGCUUUUUUGGUGCCUGUCCAUACAUUAAAGAUAGAUGAUGCUAUUAUGGAUUAUUAUGCUCUUCCAGCAGUCAAACUUCUACUGUACUUCAUUCAAAAUGACCCCGUUGUUUUGAAAGAAAAAGUUUUCACCAAUCGACUGCAAAUAUGGCCGAGUCUAGUCAAAUUGUUAAAUAAUGUACAGCAAUACAUGAAAGGAUUAAAUUUCAACAAAUACACGAAAGUGCCCCUGCGUGAAGACAAGAUGCUCGAGGGAUUCUUACCCUUUUACAAGAACUUCAAAGAACUAGAUUUCAAAGAUGAUAUUGAUGAUCCUAAAAUCGAAAGACUGGUUAGAAUGAAACGUAUAAUUAAAAUAAGCUUGUGGUUGACUGAUCUAGAUGUAAAUGGCAAUAAAUUGAUAUUGAAGAAUGAAGUAAACGGCGAGACUGUAUUUGAACCAGUUUGUAUACAACCGGAUCCAACAAAUGACCUGCUGGAAGAAAUGAAAUCCUUUAGUAUAGCAGACAAAGUUGAAAAUGUAGCUAAGAAAAGUUUAGAAAAGAAAGCUGGCAUCCUCAAACCUCAAGGAUCUUUAGAAAAGUCCAGAGAAGAACGGGAGUUGAUGAGUAACAAUCCAAUAGAGACAGUUCCUAGUGCCAACUUCAUCAAUACGCCUAUUAAACCGGAAGUCACCAAAAACAAACGAGGAAAACAGAACGUAGCUUUGCAGUCAAUAUUUAAAAAGAUGGAGAUGGAAAAUAAACAGGUUAAGUUCAUCGUCGAAGACUCCGAAAAGGAAAAAUCGGUCAAAUUUGAUUCAGUUCCCGCUCAAGCAAAAACCCCGCAACAGCAACCCCAGAACCAAGCCUUUAACUCGCCAUUAAGAAGCCAAAACUUCAACAAAAAUCUUCCUGCCUUUCCCAUACAACCCCCAACCCAACCGGAUUACCUCACUACACUUAGGAACAUGCCAAAUAUGCAAAUGAACGACAGCAACUUCCAGUACCAGAAAAAGGACCCUGGAAUACCGAAUAUGGGAGUUCAAAUAAUGCCGCCGUAUCAGAACAUGCACUCCAACAAGAACGUACCGCUGAAUAUGAACCAGAUAAACCAGAAACCUAUGGGAUAUCAACAACAGAACACGUUUACUCCGUCAACUCCUUUUCAAAACGUGUCUUUCCCACCAUCUCAUCCGUUUAACACGUGGAAAAGAGAGGAGGCACCACCGAUGCCGAAUCAAAGUUGGUGGCAGAAUAAUCAGCAGUCCCAGCAGAAUUAUAGAUCGGAUUUUCAGUUGAAUUUUCCCCCUUAUUCAAACCCUGUGUCUUCGAAUUAUAUGAAUCAAGGUCUUACAAACAAACCGAAUAAUCAAAACAACACCAGCGAUGUAUUUGGAUCCCCUUGGAGUAGUUAUUUGGGUAAUUUCAUGAGUGAAGGAAACACCAUGAACAACUUAAAUUUCGACAGCAACGCUAGCCAAGCAAUGUCUACAAUGUCUGUGAGACAAGCUAUGUUGAAGGAGGCCAAUUUACCGGGAGCUCCUGUGGGUCCACCUGGAAGCGGAGGGCCUAUAAGCCGGCUGCCCAAUAUCAAUCAGCCUCCACCGCAGGAACCGUCCUUCUUCCAAAACCAAAACAACGCCCCUGGUUACUCUCUGUUCAAUAACAGCUGGACGCCCAACCUGCCGGGCCAACUAAGAAACAACAAACCAUCCGAGAACAACACCCUCAACCACUUACCGCAGCAAUCGCUCUUUAGCGGCCAGGGCCCCAAAUCUUUGGCGCAAUUGCUCGAACAGCAGAGCCAGUUGUCGAAGAACGACUUAUAGGUUAUUAGCAGCACGAAGGUAACUUGCGAGAGAGAGAUUCUUAACUUUACUAAAACGGGAGAAAAUUUGACUUGAGACAAUAUUUCGAUACCCAAGAGCAAUAAACGAAGACCAAACGAAAGGGUGUAAAAAAUAUUUUAGACAAAAGAGUUUUUCUUUCGAAUUUUAUUAAGGUAACCGUUUUUUAAAUAAGGGUUAACAGGAUAUUGAGAAUAUCUUAACAAGACGAGUCUAAUAGGGCGAGGUAUUUAAUUUUCCAUCUAAUAAAUAAACUUUGACAUAUGUUAUCUAUUUUUGAACAUGAGCACUACAGAAGAAGAGACUAAACUAGCCGAAAGGGAAAGUAAAUCGAUUUUAUUGGUUGAUGGCUUCUUAUAUAAUAUUUUCUGUUUAUUUCCACUAAAGUACUCUACUGUACUGUGAUGUCAUCCAUAAAAACAAAAAAAGUUAAAUAUACGUAUUUUAUGUAA